GAUGAGAUGAUGAUGAUGAUGGAGAAGGGAUGAGAGAUGAAGAUCAGGAGACCAUUAGCAGUUUGUUGACGACGACCCGACGUCCAUCCACGAGGACAACCGUACCACCUCACCAUGGCGACCCUGAUGCUCGGUGAAAUGGCGCAGCACAGGAUGCUGGGUAAGCGUUUCUACUCCGGGACGGAGGAUAACGAACAGGACGAUGAACUGGACCUGGAGACCAGGCAGAACGGCAUGAUGGACCCUGACGAGGAGCCUCUGAACCCCGGAAACCUCCAGAUACGGGAGGGGAAAGGGGAGGCACAGAAACCGUCCGCCAUCGUGAUUGGACGACAGAGAGGAGACAGGCAGCAGCGACCGUCCAAUCCGGGUCACCGAGGCAUUUCAGCCAAUCCGGCGGUGCUGCAUCAUCAGCCAGCCAGUCACGAGCUGUACUUCCAGCCUCAAGCCAAUCAGCAGCAGCUUUACAAAGUUCUGACCAAUCAGCAGGCUCGGCGGCGUCACAUGGAGCGAAGCAUGACCACCAUCGCACCUCUGGAGGAGACUCAACUCAACACCAUGGUGUUCCGCAUCGGGAUCCCGGACAUCAAACAGACGAAGUGUCUCAGGUUGGAUCCCGAUGCCAGUGUAUGGAGCGUGAAGCAGCAGGUGGUCUGCUCCCUCAGCGAGUCUCUGUGGGACGUCUACAACUACGGACUCUUCCAGCCGGCGUCCGACGGCCACCACGCCCGCUUCCUGGAGGAGGAGCGAUCGCUCCGGCAGGUGCCACAGUCCCUGGAGAAGGGCGUGCCCUACCUGGAGUUCAGGUACAAGAGUCGGGUUUAUAAACAGACCAACCUGGAUGAGAAACAACUGGCCAAGUUACACACCAAGGCUAACCUGAAGAAGUUUCUGGACUACGUUCAGACCGGAGCGGUGGAGAAGAUCAGUAAAGCUCUGGAUAAAGGACUGGAUCCAAAUUACCAUGAUCCUGAAAGUGGAGAAACUCCUCUGACGUUGGCGGUUCUGAUGGGUUUGAGUGUUGAAGGAAUUCGGGUUCUGCUGUUGAACGGAGCUCAUCAUGAUUUCAGGGCGAGAGACGGACUCACCGCCCUCCAUAAAUCUGUUAAAGUCCACAACCACACGCCACUGCUGACCUUUCUGUCCAUGGGCGUGUCCCCGGAGUAUAAGGACCGGUGUGGGUUGACCCCUCUGUACCACGCGGUCCUGACGGGCGGAGACACUUCCGGUUGUGAGACGCUGUUAUACUACAGAGCGCGACUGGGCACCCGGGAUGAGAACGGCUGGGAUGAAUCGCACCAGGCGUGUCAGCACGGCUUUGCUCAGCAUUUAGAGCACCUGCUGUUCUAUGGAGCGGACACGUCUUCCCAGAAUGCAUCAGGAAACACGGCCCUGCACAUCAGCGCCCUGUACAAUAAGGAGAGCUGUGUGAGAGUUCUGCUCUACAGGGGAGCCAAUAAGGAGAUGAAGAACAACCAUGGACAGACCCCCUUUCAGGUUGCUGUGAUGUCCGGACAUUUUGAACUUGGAGAGAUCAUCAAAAACCACAAUGACUCAGAUAUAGUCCCAUUUUUGGAGUCUCCUAAAUUCGCCCCCCAGCGAGCUGAAAGUGGGCGUGCCCUGGCUGUAAACAUGUCCCUUCCCCAUCAACACCCCCUUCUGAGGGCGAAGAGUGAGAACACCAUGGCUACACUUCCUGACCCCGCGGCCCCACCCACUACCGCGCCUGCGACUACACAGCGUCGUUCUUCCUUUGCUCUGAGGAGCUCCAGCAGUCCUCGUGGAGCUCGAACCCGCUCUCCAUCCAGAGGACGAGGAGAAACCGAGGACAAACAAAAAAAGCAGCGAGGCAGACAGGGUGGUGGAGGGUUGUAUCGGAGGAGGUUGUACUCCGCCGUUCCUGGUCGGGUUUUUGUCGCGACCCGAUCUCAUUCUGCUCAGGGGGAUCGAGAACUGAGUCUCAGCAAAGGGGACAAGGUCAAAGUGUUGAGUGUCGGUGAAGGCGGGUUCUGGGAGGGAACAGUUAAAGGUCGCACCGGUUGGUUUCCUGCCGAGUGUGUGGAGGAAGUUCCACCCCAAAACCAAGAACAGAGACCAGAGAGUCGCAGUGAGAAAGCCAAGAGGAAACUGUUCCGUCACUACACUGUGGGAACCUACGAUGGACUGGAGGUACCCAGUGAUUACAUCAUAAAGGAGAAGUCUGUUCUUCUGCAGAAGAAAGAGAAUGAGGGCUUCGGCUUUGUGCUUCGAGGAGCUAAAGCUCAGACUCCCAUCGAGGAGUUCACUCCUACUCCAGCAUUUCCUGCUCUUCAGUAUCUGGAGUCAGUGGACGAAGGAGGCGUGGCCUGGAGGGCGGGGCUACGGAUGGGGGACUUCCUUAUUGAGGUGAACGGGGUGAACGUGGUGAAGGUCGGCCACAGGCAGGUCGUUAACAUGAUCCGCCAGGGAGGGAACAGCCUGAUGAUGAAGGUCGUCAUGGUAACAAGGAAUCCAGAGAUGGACGAGGUUCCUAAGAAAAAAGCUCCGCAGCAGCAAACUAAGAGAUUAACCCCGCCUGCAAUCACACUUCGUUCCAAAUCCAUGACCUCAGAGCUGGAGGAGAUGGCUGGUUCCCCAUGGAAGAAUAAAUCAGAUCAGUCAGAGAGCUCCCAGGCUCCAGAUAAAAAGAGGAGCGUUUACCAAAUGGCACUUAAUAAGCUGGAUGAGAUUUUAGCUGCUGCUCAGCAGUCCAUCAGCACGUCUGAUUCUCAGGGACACAAAGGUCACGGAGGUUACGGUGGGAGGAAGGAGCGAACCAAGGGCUUCUACACCAAUGAGCAACACUUUGACCACUCAGGAGGUGUGAAUGUGAUGCCGUCAGGGUCUGGGUACAGUUCUAAUUAUGCUCAGUUUUCAUCAAGCCACGCCCCCCAGCAUGGUGUCAUGGUCCGGCAAAAAUCUGUCGGAGUUACAGAGGAGGAAAGGGGUCAUCUUCACCCCCCAACUAUGAAACUAUCUCGGAGUUUAUCAGUUCCGGGGCCGGACGAUAUCCCACCUCCUCCUGAGACCUCGGCUCCAGAACCGCCGAUGCCCGUCCACAGGAGAAAAGAGAACAUUCACACGAACCCCGUCCCUAUUCCUCAGAUCCACGUCAGGGCUCCGUCCACUCGCAGGGGGGAGACUGAUGCGAGGAGGGGAGGAACUAAGAUGGGCGGGUUAAGACGUGGCUCUAGCAGCGCCGUGCCCCCUUCAGAUAUCCUUCCGGCUGCUGUCAAGAUGACUAGUCGGCGUGGCGGUAAGGGACCGUUGCUAAAGCAGCGCAAGGUGGAAGAAGGGGCGGUACGAUCCGAGAAAAACUCGAUUCCGAUUCCAACCAUCAUCGUCAAGGCGCCGUCCACAAGCAGCUCAGGGAGGAGCAGCCAGAACAGCAGUGUGGAGGUGGAGCCGUCUCAACAGCUCGAGGAUGAAGAGCCAGAGGCUCACGGUCCUAUCACCAUCCCAGCUCCACCUCAGGCCCCGCCCCCAGGCCCGCCUCAUUCUUUUCCACCAGAUAUGGGUGGCACGGCUCGUCGGGAGAGGGAGCGUUUCCGGGAUUCCCGCCGCAAAAGCACUUCUUUUUUCUACUCCUCUGAGGAGGACGUUUUAGACGAGCCGCCACAGAUGACUCAAAAUGAGCCAGCCCCUCGGCUACGCCCCUCCAAGUCAAUCGAUGAAGGUUUGUUCACAAGUGACACCGUGAGUAUGCCGCCCACCUUUGGGCUUCCACAAUAUGCCUCUCAGCACAACACUACCUUCAUCCAUCCACUAACCGGCAAAGUUCUGGAUCCUUCAAGUCCUCUUAGUCUAGCAUUAGCUGCUCGAGAGCGAGCUCUUAAAGAUGACAAACGGUCCCGGAAGGACGAGCGCAACUUUGGCCGUCAGUUUUCCACUGCGGGGCCUUUUCCAUCUCUUCAGUUUUCCACACACAAUUUUCAGCAGCCAUAUUCUCCCUACAUGCACCAGUCAAGCUCCGGCCACUAUCUGAGUGGCUCCAGUACUACAUCAACAAGUCACCCUUCCCUGAGUCGACCCCAGAGUCCACGAAUGAUGCGACUUUCUGGUAGUGGGACUACUGGUGUGGACCGGGAGGGCAAAGAAUAUCAAAAAGUGCAGCACCCUACCGAACCGUCAAAUCAGUAUCAGACCUACCAACGUGAGAAAGAAGGGCACGGAAAGACCCCACCCCAGGCCCCUCAACGUAGACCACCCUUAUUACGUAUGGACACUGAGGUAGGCACUAAUUCUACCGACGGUGUUACUACUAAAAAAUCAGAUACACUGACAGAGAGAGGAACAAAUAAAGAUAAGGAAGAUGAUCCAGGGGGCGAAAGUACAGGCGGAGUAAUGAUUUUGCCCCCACCUGCACCGUCAGUGGACAUAGCAGAUGAGUUUGUGUUUGCAGAACCUCUACCACCACCAAUCCAGUUUGCUAAUGGGAAGAACAGUUCAAUACAGGCUUCAUCAGGGUACAACCAUCACAAUCAACAUCACCUGCCCCAACAGCUACAACCUUUGCCCGUGCAACAACAUCCUCAACACCAACAUCAUCUGCCUCAACAAAACCACCUACAACAUCAACCACAACAUCCCAAACAGCACCAUCAUCACCAACAACAUCUACCCCAACAGCUCCACCAUCACCAACAACAGCAUCCUCAACACCAACAACAUCUGCCCCAGCAGCUCCACCAUCACCCACAACAACAUCCUCAACACCAACAUCUGCCCCAACAGCACCACCAUCAUCAACAACAACAUCGACCCCAACAACAGGACCAUAAACAACACGGGCAAAGCUUACAGUACCAGUAUCAUCAGCCUCAAAACCCCAUCCUCGACUCUACAGGAACAACCGAGUCGUCCCAGUCUCUGCCUGAACUUCAUUCAGCAUCCGCUAAUCCUUCCAACUUUGUUCCACCCCUCACCCUUCCCCGUAACCCUCCUCCCCAGCUUGGCCCUAAACUAUCCUCCGGUAGUGCCCCUCAAACCACCCAAAUCCAACAGAAUCACCCCCAGCCCCCACUCCCCUCUCCACAGGCAGGCGACUCUGCUGCAUCCAGUCUGACCUCGUAUGACAGCGAGGUGGCUAAUUUAACCCAAUCAGCUCUUUCUCCUGCUCUUCCAUCCCCACAGACCUUCCCUUCAACCUCCUCUCCCUCAGCUUCACAUACUUCCUCAGACCCUGCCUCAAUGGCAAGGCCCCUCCCACUGUUCCACCUUCCACAAGAUCGUGGCAGUGCCACCCUUACCUACGCCACCAUGACCACCGCUGCCGCAGCCACAGCGAGUGCCGCCGUGGUGACCGUCACAAUGACGACCCCUUCUGCGAGUCGUCCACUUUUCGGAUCUGAGAUUCAAGCAACAGUCAGGGAUGCUGAUUGGCCCAAAUCACUGGCUGCGUCUGAGAUUAAGGAGCCCGACAGGCACAGCGGCACUGACCACCCUACAGAAAACAUACCUGGAGAAAGAGAGCCCAGGGAAAAAGUUCAGACUGGAGAUAUAAAGGAAGGAAGACGGGUGUCGCUGGAUUCCAGUCUGUCCGGCGUGGACAACAACUUUAAAACGCACAACGACACACAUGCCAAAACACACGUGCACAAAAGCAAACCUCCGCCACCACUACAUUCCAAACCACACCCGGGUAAACUACACAUGAACGUGGAGACCGGACGCAUAGUCCCGUCGUUACGCCGGCAGACGAGCGCUGCUCCGGGAUUCUACCGGCCGGCAGACGCGAUCGAUCGGGAGAUCGGAGGGGUACAGACUCAAACUUUUAUAGACCGACGCUUAAACUCUCCUCUUUCCAACAUGAAGGCUAGCAUCAUCAGCGAACUCAGCAACAAGCUACAGCAGCUUGGGAGCUGGCAGGGCCAAGGGCAGCCGCCAGCACAGAGGCUUCCAGAGGAGCUAACUUCAUUACUUCCAACAGUUAAUGCUCAACCAGGUCUUCUUUCUUCCUCUCAGCCUCUGCAGAGAGCUCUGUCUCCUACUUUGGCUCCUGUUGCUCCUUUAACUCCAACUAUUACCCCUAACCCUUUAGCCCAAACGAUCCCACCUGCUCCCUUAUUCGAGUCCCUGCCUCCGACCCCUUUAACCCCUACGGCCUUACCCUCGACUAACCCCCUAACCCCGAAUCUUGUUCCUAAUCCCUUAUCUUCUUUACCCACAUACACAGUUAAUCCUGUACACGCAACACCUCUGACCCCGGCGUUAACCCCAACCCUAACUCCUCAACCUCCUCCUUACUCUAACUGGCACCCAUCUCCCUCUCCGAUUUCCUUCUCUCACUGCCCGGUCUCCCCUCCCUGUCUACCCCAUGCCCCUCUUUCACCCCUCUCCCUUGCCCACCCACCCUUAUCCCCUCCUGCUUACUCCCACCCUCCCCUCUCACCUAUAUCUUUCCCCCACCCCCCUCUCUCCCCCUCCUCCGUUUCCUACUCCCCCUAUCCAACCUCGCCCAAGCAUCGCGCCAAGUAUCGCACCAAGGGUUUGGACCUGUUCUCAGGUUCGGAAUCACGACGUUCCGAGUCUCACGUUCAGCGCCGCCGUGCCCCAAGUCCCCUCAUUUCAUGUUCGGAACGACCUCAACCCGGGCCACCUCGCCCGGCCUCCCUUCCCGUGUUUCCUUCCUCCUCCCUGUAUGGACCUCCGUUUGACCUUCACGCACCCCUCACUCCUCCAGCGUCCAACCAUCAGCUGUCUGAACACUUCUUUCCGGCGACACCUCCUCUGAUGCCUCCUUCCAGCCCAACUCCUCCUUCAAAUCCCUUGCUGGCCUCUCAUUCCAUCUCCCCUACCCACUUUCUGUCAGGUGGGUCCUCCCCUUCCUGUCUGAGCUACCCGCCACCCCUCACUCCUCCUCCUCCACCCUAUCGGCCUUUCGCAUCCAAGCCUCUACCCUACUGGACCAAAUACGACGUUGCUGAUUGGCUGACCUACCUGAACCUGGCGGAGCAUCGGGAUCGCUUUCUAGACAACGAGAUCGACGGUUCGCACCUCCCGUCUCUGACCAAGGAGGACUUUCUGGACCUCGGAGUAAGCCGUGUGGGACACCGCAUGAACAUUGAGAGAGCGCUGAAAAGGCUCACUGAGAGACUCUCCUCGCCUUUUUCAGUCUCCACCGUCUCCUCCGACGGACCGAAUGACCGGAUGAGGGACGAUGGAGCUCCGAGCUGAGGGGGGGACGGUACGGGGACAGUGACAGGGACCCUAGAAGGGUCUCCGAAAAUUAUACAUUAAGAAAAACUCCAACAAGCGGUGAAACUAAACUGGACUAAACAUUGAAACGGAUUAAAUCUUCAUCUUAAGCGGCACACAGGACUCAGCGUUACAGGAUCUUCAAUCGUGACGGAGAUUCACUUUAUGGCCAAAAGUAUUUGGACACCUGAACGGUAUUAAACAGAGUGACCUCUGUGUGACCUUCUGAGAAGCUUCUCUUAAGACUUUGGGAAUUUGUGCCCAUUUGUAUUUCUGCUGUUGAGAGCUGAGGGCUGAGGUUCUCGGUCAUGAGGGGCAUCCCAAUACUUUCGUCCCUAUAUUGUUCGUGAGAUUCCGCUUCCUUUCAUCUGAUCUUGUUUACUCUUUGAUUUCUUUGUUGCUAUGGUGACGGGCGGCUGAUCUAGCGUCUGUAGACGACUUUCUGUCGGUAACGGUGUAGAGUUGAUGUUCAGACCUUCACCACAUCCUGGUCUUGAUGAUGAUUACUGAACAGCUGAACAUCUGAACAUGAGCACUAUUUUUGUAAUUAAUGCUAACAGCGAUAGGGAUGCUAAUAUAAAUAAUGAUAACGAUAAGCAUUUUACGCUAACGCAUUUUAACCUUGUAAGGAUAAAUCGGUCUUCCAGCGCGCGGAACAAUAACAUCCCCAUCCCGUUAAGUUUGCUUUCACCGCGACUCGGCGCUAAUAAACCGGCUUUGUCUCAUUCCAGAGGAUAUUUUAGUGAAUAGUUUAAUCUGGGAAUAACUCAGCACUUGAUUUAAAGAUGAAUAUAAUACAGAUAUUUAUGCAGAGUUCUAUAGAUUUAUCUGAUCUUUCUGUUGCUGUGUAAGAAUGAAACGAUGGAACUGAUGUGAGAGAAGUGAAUAAAUGAUGCUAACACUUCA